AUGUUCUUCCACCUCGAGCUCGGUGCCCUUUUCCUCUCCCUCUCCCCUCUAUCAUCCCUCGCAGCACUGCCCGGUGACCACCCUUCCCAAACAGCCCUUUCCCAAGCCGCCCUGUCCGAUAUCCUACUCAGGGGCUUACCCAUCCUCGGACCCGACGAUGGCUGCUCGAAAACACUCAACACAUGCGAUUGGAUGGCCAAGAUCCCCGACGACACACCACUAGUCCGGAUGAACCUCCCCGGGACACACGAUACCUCUACAUGGAACUACUCAGCUACAACACAAGCCUCGCUCACUCGGUACACGGGCCCCCUCCCGUCCGCAGACAUCUUCCGAUGUCAAGAACGCUCGCUUCUCCAAUCGUUGAACGACGGUAUACGCGUGUUUGAUCUUCGUUUCGCUUAUAAUCCUGGGAAUGAUACUAUUGGGUUUUAUCAUUCUGCGGCGCUGUUGGCACCCACCACAACCAUGACCGACGUCUUUUUCGGGUUAUAUCAAUGGUUGAAUAAACACCCUACCGAGGCCGUAUUAGUGUCGAUUAACCAUGAAGGCGGGACUGGCACUCCCUACGACGCGAAGAUCCAGGAGAUGGUGUAUGAUCUCAUCAACAGCGAUAUCGGGAAGAGGUAUUGGGUUCAGACGAGUGGCAGUCUAGGAACUCUGGGACAAGCUCGAGGAAAACUAGCCCUCCUCCAGCGGUUCACAUUCGACCUCUUACCCGCAUACAAGACCAACCGGAUCGGUAUCCAGCUUGACCCGGGGCAUUGGACGGAUAACGGGAAGAGUAUUGAGUUGGUGUAUAAUGUUGAUAAGGGCUUGACUGCGUUUAUCGAGGACUACUACGCCUCCUCCCUCCCACUGACAUCUACACCCUCCCAAUUCAUCGAAGAUAAAUUCAACGUGACGACGGCCCACCUUGGUAAUGCGACGCUGUUUAAUCACGAUCAGCUGUAUAUCUCGUUUGCGAGCGCUGCUGCGAUUGUUGGGGGGGUGGGUAUGACGCCUAGGUUUCCUAGUUCUGCUCCUCCGACUUCACGUUUACUUUGA